AUUUAUUAACAUUUGUCUAAUAUUUGCUAAGGUUAAUCCGUCCUCCAGGAAUAACGUUACUGAUGUUUUGUGUUUUUGCAAAUUAAGUACUUUGCAUGUGUAAUUCCUAUAUACAUCAAAAAGUGGGAAAACCAAUUUCCGAAAUCACUCAGCGAUAUUUGACAGCUGUUUUACAUCAACGGGAGUGUCUGCCAUAAAGCUGUCAUUACGCAGGAAAGUAAUGUGGUCUACUACAGUCUGACCCAAAAUGCUCUCUGCUGCAAAUGUUCUGGUGUUCCAAUGUAGCAAUCUUCAUUUAUAUUCUUGAGCAUAGUCAGAUUUUUUUCUAUAGAUAUGCAAGACUUGUGUGACGCAGGAUGGAGCUGUGAUUCACCGAAAUGUGAAUCACACCAUGUUUGAAGUGAGGCCUUUAAGAUAGGAGGGGGCUGGUUACAUCAGCACACUAGUGACUUGUUAUUUAUCAUGAAUUAGAUAAGGUAUAGCUAAGUAGAGAGAUGGCCAUGUUCGCACAUAUAAGAAGCUUUUUGUUGUAAAAUAUAAUAAGCCUUUUGUUGUAUAAUACUGAAGAAGUCACGUCUUUCUGUGUCGGUUGUGGUGACAUGAAAGGCGUUCCACAUGACAGCUGUAAGCUACAAUUCCCUCAUUUCACAGAGGACGGUUUCAUCCCUUUACUUGUUUGCAGCUGGUUCUGUUUACUCUGAUGCUGAAAAACAGAUACAAGCUCAACAUUUAGUUGCAUCACUUUUAAUUCCUACACCUCUCUGAUGCUGAAAACAAGUUAUAAAAGUGCAACAUUAUGUUUGGUCAGUUUUAACUUCUUCACCUUCCCUGCAUUGUAAGGCCAUUAUGGAGCUUAGCUUGUCCUUGGAUGGCCUUUCACUGACUGCCGAGUGGGGUGAGCUUCAAGAGUGUUGUCAUUGGUUGUCGCGCAGCUCAGUGCUCUUCAGCAUACUACCCUUUAUGUUGAGGGACAAACACUACAAGGGAGGCAACUUGGAUUGCUGAAACACACCCUCAGAGGAGGUCUGACAUAUAAUUAGGCAUUGAAAGCUGACAGACAUACAGAGGCUUUUUGGUACAGAGCAAGAAGGAGGUGUAAAAGCGGACCACGUAUUUUCAUACAACGGUUGUGGGAUUCUUACGUUUGUCUACUGUGGGGGCUUUGUUGUUUUUGAGGCUUCCUGUCUGACUCACAUCCAAUAUCUUUGGAACCAGCACAUUUCUAAACAAGUGUGAUCACCACUGUUGCUCAGUUCUCUUCCACACAUACUCUUCCCAGAGAACAGUAUGGUUCUCCAGUCAGACUCUGUCCUGCAAUCUAUUCUUCUAUUUCCAAUCCACCUUCUGGUAUGGCUGUACUCUGUUCUGUCCUUCCUUCCCUGGUACUACAUCACUGGUGCUGGGGAAAAAAAAGCUCUGUCCAAGCGGAUAAAAGCCCGUUCCACUUCAGGCUGUGCGGAGGGACCGUACCGCUCUGUGGACCACUUUGAUUCCCUGGCCAGGGAGGACUUCCCCGGCAAGGACACGCUAGACAAGCUGUUUGAGUAUGCUGUGCAGCGUUUUGGACAACAACAUUGUCUCGGCACCAGAGAUGUACUGAGCGAAGAGAACGAGAUUCAACCCAGCGGUAAAGUAUUUAAAAAGCUGAUCCUGGGGGACUAUAGAUGGCUCUGCUACAAUGAAGUGGACUCCGCAGUCAGUCAGUUUGGCAGUGGACUAGCAGCCCUGGGGCAACAGCCCAAAAGCAUGAUUGCAAUCUUCUGUGAAACUAGAGCAGAGUGGAUGAUCGCAGCCCAGGCAUGCUUCAAGCACAACUUCCCUUUGGUGACAUUCUACGCUACACUGGGAGAGGAGGCGAUUGCAUACGGACUGAACGAGACUGGAGUUACCCAUUUGAUCACCAGUGUGGAACUGCUCGAGCAUAAACUGAAAAGAGUGCUUCCAGAUAUCCCGAAACUGAAGCACGUGAUCUACGUGGACCAGAAGAAAGUGAGCACAGAAGGCUACCCAGCGGGACUGUCCACCCACAGCAUGCAGGCCGUACGAGAGCUGGGCGCGCUGCCUGAGAAUAUGGAGCAGGCCAUUGUGAAGCCCCAGCCCUCUGAUCUGGCCGUGGUGAUGUACACCAGUGGCUCCACAGGCAGACCCAAAGGCGUCAUGAUCGUCCACAGUAACCUAAUCGCUGGAAUGACAGGCCAGUGUGAACGCAUCCCUGGACUCGGGCCUAAUGAUACUUACAUCGCCUAUCUGCCCCUGGCUCAUGUUCUGGAAAUGACAGCUGAAAUCUCCUGUGUCACAUAUGGCUGUCGGAUCGGCUACUCGUCCCCACAGACGCUCUCAGACCAGUCCACUAAGAUAAAGAAAGGAAGUAAAGGAGACUCCUCUGUACUGAAACCCACCCUGAUGGCAGCUGUGCCAGAAAUUAUGGAUCGCAUCAACAGGAAUGUGAUGAGCAAAGUGCAGGAAAUGAAUUUCAUUCAGAAGACGCUGUUUACACUGGGCUACAAAUAUAAACUGGAGCAGAUUAAGAGGGGCUAUGACGCACCACUUUGCAAUGCCCUGUUGUUUCGGAAAGUGAAGAAACUGCUGGGAGGACAUGUGAGGAUGAUGUUGUGUGGAGGAGCCCCCCUGUCCCCCGUUACUCAGAGAUUCAUGAAUGUAUGUUUCUGUUGUCCAGUGGGUCAGGGCUACGGCCUCACUGAAACCUGCGGAGCUGGCACCAUCACAGAGGUUGUGGACAUCAGCACUGGUCGUGUCGGAGCUCCUCUUAUUUGCUGUGAGGUCAGACUCAGAGACUGGGCUGAAGGUGGUUACACCAGCAAGGACAAGCCACACCCAAGAGGGGAGAUCCUUAUCGGCGGUCCCAAUGUAACCAUGGGUUAUUACAGGCAUGAAAGCAAGGAUCAGGACUUUUUUGUGGAUGAAAAAGGUCAGAGGUGGUUCUGCACUGGAGAUGUAGGAGAGAUCUACGCAGAUGGCUGUCUACAAAUAGUGGACCGCAAGAAAGACUUGGUCAAACUGCAGGCCGGAGAGUACGUGUCUCUUGGUAAAGUCGAGUCUGCUCUGAAAAACUGCUCUCUCAUAGACAACAUAUGUGCUUACGCAAACAGUGAUCAGAACUACGUGAUCAGCUUUGUGGUCCCCAACCAGAGAAGGAUGACAGCACUGGCCAAGCAGAGAGGCAUAGAGGGGGCAUGGGAGGAGAUCUGCACUCACCCCGACAUGGAAAGAGAAGUUCUGAAGGAGAUCAAGGAGGUUGCUGCUAACAUUAGACUCCAGCGAUUUGAGAUUCCAAUGAAGGUACAUUUGAGUCCAGACCCGUGGACCCCCGAGACAGGCCUUGUCACAGAUGCGUUCAAGCUGAAGAGGAAAGAGCUGAAGAACCACUAUCUCUACCACAUAGAGAGAAUGUACGGAGGCAAAUAAGUUUGCCAAAUUUCACCCAAAAGUCUCCCCAUUGUCACCAUAAUCACUGUUUUGAUCUGUAAGUAAUCUUCCUGGUACACCAAUGGAUUUUAAUGCUGUCUGUGUACCACAGGCGUCCAGAUGAAAAUGUCUUGAAGAGAAAAGCUGAAGCUGUAGAUAUUUGUAGCUGUUUAUCCAUAUGUGCUGCUUUCUAUUUUUGUGUGUAGAGGUUUUGAUUGUCAAAGAAAUGCACUCAAGUGGCAACUCUUAAUCCAUGAGAAGGGUCUGCGGCCAUUAUAGCACUAAACUGCCAUCCACCUAAAUCUCCUGGCUCUUAGUUGUAGUUGAUUAAAAAGCACCACUGUCCUCCAUAUGUCGCUGAUGCAUUGUUGUUACUCCCAUUGAAAAUAUUAACAACUGUAAUCACCGUGGAGGCUUGUAUUGCUCUUUUGUAAAGUUGGAGUACUGAUGUUACUGUGCCUUCAGUCUGCAGUACUUGUGUAGUCAAGCAGAGGUGGCAUCUAGAUAAAGCAAGUAGUUUACGCUUUUGUUACAAAACUGGUUAAACUGCUAUUGUUAUGUUUACUUGAGGAAGUGUCUCCAACCCAGAGAUACACUGACAUGCAUCAUAUAUACAGACAGGUGACAAAUUAAAGGAAAAACCAACACAAUGUGUCAUAGAACGUCAUUCUAAAAUCUUCUCAAGGUGUUCCACUAGGUGGAGAUGUGAUGACUGUGAAGGCCACAGCAUAUGAUUCAGAUCAUUUUCUUACUCAACAAAUCACUCAGUGACCUAUGGAUGGGGGUGUUGUCAUCCUGGAAGAGACCACUCCUAUCAGGGGAGGAAUGUUUUGACAUCGGAUGAAAGUAGUCACUCAGAAAUUUGUGCUGAUUUGCAGCGACCCUUCCCUCUGAGGGGACAAGUGGACCAAACCCAUGCCAGCAAAAUGCCUCCCAUAGCAAAAAAAGAGCCACUGAAUCUCCCACUGUAGGGGUCACACACUCAGGCCUGUGCCGUACUCUUGGUGCACUCACCCAGAAUGACUCAUCUGACACCCCUGUAGACGAGUGCCUCUGUUUUUUCACCACUGAACUCCUAAAUGUUUAUUUAUUUUUGUAAAAAGGGGUAUAUGCACCGCAACCCUACUGAUUUCCGUCUCUGUAUAAUUGUUGCUGCUCUUGCUGACGGUCUGAUCACGUCCUGCGUCAACAUUCAAAAUCACCUAAAGAUGAGUUGGUCCUGUUUUUCUUUGCAUAUUGCACCAAUGCACAAACAACACGGUCAUCAAAUGGUCGCUAUCGACCACGGUUUCAACCAUAUUUUCUUUUCUUUCCCAUAGAUCUGAAUGCAGAUAUUCCUUCAAUGACGGUUCUGACUGAAACACUAGCUAGUUAAGCAGUCUUUGAACCUGCUUUCAAAGUCACUUGGAGCUUUUCCUCUUUCAUACAAUAGGAUGUUAAUUGCCACUCACUGAUUCAGGUUUUUCCUUCGUCACCUGUCUGUAGAAUAAAACAUACUCGUGAUCAUGUCUGCUUAUCCACCUAUUUUUUUUGUUUUGUUAUCAGUGUUUUAUUUAUGCUGUCAUUGUGUCCAUUUUUUUCAGAAAGUAAGACCAAAAUGUAUAAACAUAAAUGACUCAGGAAGAUAAGCAAAUGUUUUAAUAUAUGAAAUUGUCAAUAGUUGGUUUGUAAAGAAAGCCCCUUUUGUUAAAAAUUGUCUUGUGGGCACCUCAUUUAUUUAAGAGCAAGCAUGCUUAACUAUUAACCAACUGCUCCGAUGCUUUGGAUAGUCAUACUGUGCAUAUUUUACCUCAGUUAACAGGUUAAUGUACAAUUUGCUAUCAUCGGGUUAUCUAAGGUGGAGUCAUUGUAAUAUUACAGGAGUGUUUUCUAUGUAUUUUCAAAGUGUUUUCGUGCUGAUGGAUUGUCAUCGUUAAAACUUUAAGGAAGCAGACACUGACAGUCACUUUACAGUUGGUUGUUUGGUGAUCGUAUUUGUAUUUAUUAUUCCAUCAUGGCCACAUGCCUUGUUCAACAUUUAAAAAAAAUAAACUUUUUUUUCAUAA